GCUCCCCGUUUCCCACACGUGAUUGCCGUGUUAUUGCACAGGGCGCUCGGCGGCGCGGCUGCACCUAUAAAUACGGAGCGGGCGGGCGGCGGGGGCCCGGGACAGCGCGGCGCGGUCGGGCGGAGGGUACCCCCGCGACAACCACAUGCACCCCGGCGGGCCGACGGCACCCAUGUCCCACCGCCCGCCCGCCUAAGGGGCAGGCAGCCACAGCCAGAGCCCGGUCAGCGAGGAGGGGAGGGGGAGCCGGCCGACAAUGGCGGCGGCCGCCACCGCCGCCAGCCCCGGCAGUCCCGCCGCCGGGCCCCUGCCGUCUCCGGAGCCCUGCCCUAGGAAGGGGCCGCCGCCGCCGGGGCCGCUGCAGCCACCGCCGGCGCGCAGCGACCCCCGCCGUAGGCAGGCCGCGCUCUCCUUCCUCACCAGCAUCUCCCUCGACGGGCGGCCCCCGCCGCCUUGCAACGACGGGUCCUCCGCCAGGCCCCGCCAGGCCCCGCCGCCACCGCCGCCGCCGCGGCUGGGCAGCCCCCCGGCGGUGCCCGCCGAGACCCCCCGGGCCCAUGAGGAGGAGGAAGAGGAGGAAGAGGAGGAGGACGCCUUCGCCGCUGUGCAGGUGCCGGCCGCCGCUUUCCUGGGCGCCGCGGCGGCGGGCAGCCGGGGCCGCCUCAACUCCUUCACGGCAGGGGUGCUGCCUGCGCCCUUCGGCCGCACCAGCCCCCAGGGCCCCGGCGGCGGCAGCGGAGAGCUGGGGCAGAGCUGUUCCGCCGCCGCCUUCGAGCUGCAGCGGUCCCGACGUCGGCUGAUCUCCCAGCGAUCUUCUCUGGAGACUCUGGAGGACAUCGAGGAAAAUGCCCCACUGCGGAGAUGCCGGACACUCUCAGGAUCACCCAGACCAAAGAACUUCAAGAAGGUUCAUUUUAUCAAGAACAUGCGGCAGCACGAUACCAGAAACGGCAGAAUAGUCCUUAUCAGCAGCAGAAGAUCCUUCUGUAGCAUAUUUUCAGUGCUGCCAUAUCGAGACUGUACCCAAGUCGGGGAUACGAAGCUGGACGGUGGACGCCAGUGCCAUUCUACUGGAGUGUGUCUGAAAGACAUAAUUGGUCUUGAAGGUGUGGAGCUCGGAGCAGACGGGAAGACGGUUUCUUACACACAAUUCCUGUUUCCCACCAAUGCUCUGGGAACUCGGAGAAACACAAUAGACUCCACCUCAUCCUUCUCCCAAUUUCGCAAUGCAAGCCAUCGUAGCCUUUCUUUGGGAAGAGCUAACAGCACCCAGGGGAGCAUUGAUGCAGGUAGUGACCUGGGAGACUUUGUUGAAUAUGACCCAAAUCUUUUAGAUGAUCCCCAGUGGCCAUGUGGCAAACAUAAGCGGGUUUUAAUAUUUCCUUCAUAUAUGACCACAGUCAUAGACUACGUGAAGCCAUCAGAUCUCAAGAAGGACAUGAAUGAAACCUUUAAGGAGAAGUUCCCUCACAUCAAGUUAACCCUCAGUAAAAUAAGAAGCUUGAAGAGAGAAAUGCGCAAGCUUGCUCAAGAAGAAUGUGGUUUUGAAGAGCCCACAGUGGCCAUGGCCUUUGUCUACUUUGAGAAGCUCGCUCUCAAGGGGAAGCUGAACAAGCAGAAUAGAAAGCUUUGUGCUGGAGCCUGUGUUCUUUUAGCAGCCAAAAUUGGCAGUGACCUCAGAAAACAUGAAGUCAAGCAUCUUAUAGAUAAACUGGAAGAGAAGUUCCGGCUGAACAGGCGAGAGCUGAUUGCCUUUGAGUUCCCAGUGCUGGUGGCCUUGGAGUUUGCUCUCCACCUUCCUGAGCACGAAGUGAUGCCGCACUACAGACGCUUGGUGCAGAACUCCUAGCGCUGGCUGCCCUGCGGGGAAGGGGCUCCCGACUGUUCCCGCUUGGCUCUCCUGAGCCACAGUUACUACUGGAAAUGCAAAAUCAGACUCCUGACGCUUCACUCUCUCUCUCCCCCAGACAGUUUUUCCAACAGCGUAUAGGAGAUACUGCAUUGACUCAAGACUCUCAGCUUUGACAGAUUUACGUUAUCAUGACUUUCUCAAGGCAGGUGAAGACUGAGCUGUUGGUAAAUGGUUAACAUGCUGAAACUGCAUGGUGACUGGCCCUAUCUGUGGGGACUACAGCUGUAAAAGUAGGCAAAAAUUAGAAGGGCAGCCUCCAUGACCACCCCUCUCUCCAUCACACAAACCCUGGAAGCCCACGUGAGUGCAUUCUCAUAGCGCUUUUUCUACCAACCUGCUGCAACUUCCCAGAGGACUUCUUGAAGUGAAAAAGCUUUUAAAGAGGAUAUCUUCACUGUGUCAAAAAGAAUGUGCCAAUCUAUUUUUGUAUCAGCAAUUGAAAGUGCACUUUUUCCUGUGGGGUGUUUGUGUGUGUACUCGUGUGUGUGUGCGUGUGCGACACCGAGCUGAUCUCAGUCCAGGUGGUUGGCUUAGCUGUUUCCAAGUGUCUCAGUUACCGAUGGUGAAGAUCAAGGUGACCUUAAGUGUUUACUUCUUUAAAAACAUAACUACUGGAAAAGUGGUAAAUGGGAUCAUUUUCUGGACACUCGGUUUUUUUUAGUCUCUGAUCUUUCACCCAUUGUACCUUUGAAAGGAUUACACUACUACUACUAUGAGAGAAGGAUCAGCAACUGACCUUAAGUUUUCAGUCAUGUUUGUGAUAAAGGCGAAAGCAUUAGUAUGAGAUUUCCAUGUCAUGUUUUUUAAAACUAUCUUGUGUUAAGCCACAUGCAUAUUUUUAACCUUCGCACUUUUCCCACUGUGGAGAUGGUUAGACUUGCACUCUGUAGUGUUGUAUUUCUGUGCUCUAUGUUAGAGUGCGUAAUAAGCACAUUUAUUGUGCUCUAUCUUAAAACAGUGUUUUAUUAAAAAAAAAGCAAAAAGAGUAGGGCUCAGCAGUAUAACAGGUGUCUUAAGGCUCCAACACCAGGGCCAUCAGCUAUUAAAGGUUUGGGUUUUAACUAGAAUUGACUGUGCAGAACCUAAAAUCAGUGCCCAUUGAAGUUAGAGGUCCAGCUCCUUUAGACAUUUCAGUACUGGAGUUUUACAGUAAAGCUUCUUGCAGCUUCCCUGGUUCUGACUGGACACCCAGAAAUCUGGAGGGUUUCAUCCAAGCCCCCCGAUGCUACAUACACACUAAGCUAGCGCUGUGCUGAUGGACAUCAUUUGAUUGCUGUUAAUCCUGUGGGAUUACACCCCUGUCCGAUCUUCUCCUGUGCUGGUUCACUUAACCUUGCCCUUCACAUGCCCCACAUGUAUCUGGCAAAGUCAAAUACUUAUGUUUAUGGUAAUUCUAUAAAAUAACUGAGGUAUUAGCUGAAGCCUUACCUCUCUAAGUUUGGGAGUGCUUGCUCAGAGUAUGGAAAGGGCUUGUGAGCAGACCAUAGAGAAGUGGGACAUACCAGAAGAUGUAAACACACUAAUGCUUACUUUCUUUUGCUCUUGCUUUAAUCAGUUUUAUUGUUUCCUUCAGUUAGGCCAGGAAACAUCCAGUUUCUUUACCAGCUUUGCCUCCUUUAAAUUCUAGUAUGAAAAAUGCCUGCAUAUGAUUGCUCUAUAGAAUCUGGAAAGGUUACACAUGUCAGGACAAAUGGAAAUUUGUUGGAUGCUGUUGCUCUCCCUUCAUUUUAAGGGGGAGGGCGACUAUGCUAGCUUACAGUUACUAUUAAUACUUACAGUGGAACUAGAUGAUCUUAAGGUCCUUUCCAGCCCUAACUAUUCUAUGAUUCUAAAAGGGGGUAAAGAGAAAAACGUGCACUUAACCUCCCUGGUGCAGUGCCCCACAUCACUGAAACCCAUGUGCCACUCACCCAGCUGCGGAGCAAGGGGAGGGGGGCCCUUGCCAGUGCUCCUGCUUCCUCCUCCUCCUCCUCCUCCUCCUCGCAGCCCUCAUGCAGCCAAGGAACAGAGGAGCCGAGAGCUUGGAGCACACCUAAUGCCUCUAUCUGCCCUGCCUGUUUAUUCGGCUCAGAAAGGCAGCACAGUGUUGACCUACAGGCCUGCGGGUCUGCUAGGAGGGCUCCUGUCCUUGGCUGCAUCCCUCUCCACCAAAAUAGUGUACAUACUUUCCAGAUUUGCUUCUGGUAGCAGAGAUCUGUUUCUAAUAGCAACCACUCAAGGCUAAGCAGAAGCUUUACGUUUCCGUAAAGGCUUCUACCUUUUGUUUUGAGUCUGAUUUUUUUUUCUUAUAUUGCUUUAUAGUAUUUGCAGGGAAAAAGCAAAUUGUGAUUGCAAGAUGCAGACUAAAGAAUGACAGUCUUAUGGUAGUCUUUAGAGACACUAUUGAAUCACGCUGUCACAUCUUUUGUCUUCUGUGCUGCUACCCAACCCUGAUCUACAGUUUACACAGAUUUCUGGGAUGAAAUCUGAUUGCUGGAGACUUUCUGCUUUUUGUUGUUGUUGUUUUGGGGAUGGAAAAGGGUUUCAGAGUGAUGUUGAGUUACAGUUCGAAUGUGGAAUAAACACUUAAGAUGGUGAUGAUGUUGCACUGUUCGCUUAGGAACAUAUAUAAAGCCAUAUGAUGCUAGAUCUCAGAGCACAAAGCUUGGUCAGUACAAUUCUGGUUAGGACAGCGGGCAGGAUUUGCCCCCCUUUCCUCCCCAACCUUGGGAAAAUUCAGUCUGAAGUGGUAGAGGAAAUCUGUACCAAACAAAACCCAUGUUGAUUGUUUUCCUUUGUUUUACAUGGUAACGAGUAUUGAUUUAUGAAUGAUUUUUAGGUUCCAUUUUACAUAGUUCGGGAAAAUAAUCCAUUCCGUAUCACUUGUUCUGUUCUGAAAUGAUACCGUACACUCUACCAUGCAGAGUUUAUUCCUUUUCUAAAAAAAUAAAAGUUUUAAAAAG